AUGUACAUAGUCCCAGCACCAUUCCGCCAAGAGUAUGAUCCCACCAUUGCAAACACACCUCCCGAACAGCCGGCCACCCUUGGAACAGCUCCAGUCUCGCCCAAACUCCCCGACCAGCAAUCUGGCUACCAGCGUCCCGAUAGCCCGGUAGUGAAGUUUGUUUGGACGGAAUCGUGGUAG